AUGAAGGAAGAAAAGAAAGUGAGAGAUCCCGACUUUAAGGACCUUGGAGUUUUGAAACCGUUACCAGCAUGUGAGUUUGAGAUGGGCGGUCCUGAAGGAAUUGUGGAAUCUAUACAAAUUAUGAAAGAAGGCAAAGCUUCUGCUAGCGAGGCUGUGGAUUGCAAGUGGUACAUCCGGGCACCUCCACGAUCCAAGAUCUACUUACGCUUCUUGGACUAUGAGAUGCAGAAUUCAAACGAAUGCAAAAGGAACUUUGUGGCUGUGUAUGAUGGCAGCAGCUCGGUGGGGGACCUGAAGGCAAAGUUCUGCAGCACCGUGGCCAAUGACGUCAUGCUCCGCACGGGUCUUGGGGUCAUCCGCAUGUGGGCCGAUGAGGGCAGUCGGAACAGCCGAUUUCAGAUGCUCUUCACAUCCUUUCAAGAACCUCCCUGUGAAGGCAAUACAUUCUUCUGCCAUAGUAACAUGUGUAUUAACAAUACACUAGUCUGCAAUGGACUCCAGAACUGUGUGUAUCCUUGGGACGAGAAUCAUUGUAAAGAGAAGAGGAAAGCCAGCCUGCUGGACCAGCUCACCAACACCAGUGGGACCGUCAUUGGUGUGACUUCCUGCAUUGUGAUCAUCCUUAUUAUCAUCUCUGUCAUUGUGCAGAUCAAACAGCCUCGUAAAAAAUAUGUCCAAAGGAAAUCGGACUUUGACCAGACAGUUUUCCAGGAGGUGUUUGAACCUCCUCAUUAUGAGUUGUGUACUCUAAGAGGGACGGGAGCCACAGCUGACUUUGCAGAUGUGGCAGAUGACUUUGAAAACUACCAUAAACUGCGGAGAUCCUCUUCCAAAUGCGUUCACGACCAUCACUGUGGGUCACAAGUGUCCAGUACGAAAGGCAGCCGCAGUAACCUCAGCACAAGAGAUGCUUCUGUCUUGACAGAGAUGCCUCCGCAGCCCGUCAAACCCCUUAUCCCGCCCAUGAACAGAAGAAAUAUCCUUGUCAUGAAACACAACUACUCGCAAGAUGCCGCAGAUGUCUGUGACAUCGACGAGAUCGAGGAGGUGCCGACGACGAGUCACAGGCUGUCCCGACAUGACAAAGCCAUCCAGCGGUUCCGCCUCAUUGGGUCUCUAAGCAAACCUGAAUCUGAACACAACACAACUAGGGUCUAAAAAGAAAAUUCAAGAGAAGAACUAUUUAUACAAACAUGGGGACUGUGAAACGAAAAUUCUAUAGUGAAUUGUGAAAAGUGGACAUAUUUCUAAAUUCAUUCCACUGCCUUUAUCCAAACUUAAGAAUUACAGACAUUUGUUAUCCCUUCGGCAAGACAUCCCCGCUGCACAAUGAUAUGUUCAUUUCGUAAUUUGGUUGCUGGCCACCAAGUGCUCCUUAGUUUUUAAAUACAUUUUGAGAUUUACUGGAAACUUGAAGAAGAAAUUAGUUCCUGAUUAAGACUAUCCCACUUUUUCUUUUUACUGUUAGUUUCACUUUGUUUCUAUGUUGUUUUAUGUCCUUGUUGUAUAAUUGUACGUUGUGUGAUAUGUGAACAACACGAUUUUGGAUGAACUUUGUGUUACAUGUACAUUGUUUUCAUUAGAUAGACUGCUUGAGAAUAGUGCGUUCCUGAGGGAUUAUGAACAUGCUACAGUUAAGAAGUGAAAAUAUGGACCAUGGAAGCACCAGCUAGAGGUUUUAUGGACUAUAAACACCUAUUGUUGUAUUAUGAUUAAAUGCAGCCAAGAGUCAUGAGUAAAAAUAACUAGAUUGCAAUAAGAAACAUCUCAUUUUUUUUGUCUUUCCCAAAUAUCCCCAAUUUCCUUUUUGUUUUAUAUCAAAGGAAGAUACUAAGUUUCAGAAAGAGUUUUUGAAAUCAGGUAUUUUACCAUUCAUACCCGUCAAUAGAAAUGUUUUUUGAUUAAGCACUUAGCAAUAUGACUGAAUUGACAGUUUGAGAAAAUACCCUGCAUGUCAGUACUGGAUAUUUGAAUUGGAAAAAUAUCCUUUUUAUUAGACACAUUGUAAAAAGCAUGCAUUCUCAAAUACUGCUGUUACGCUUCCAUUUCGUUGUGUCAUAUGCUUGCUACUUGUAACUUUUUAUAUAAAGAUAUAUAAAAAUGUAUAAUAAUUUCCUAACUUGAGUUAAGAAAAAUGUUUUCUUCUAUUAGAGUGAUAAAAAAAAAACCUGACUUACAUAACUGCACACUUUAUAUCAACUCUUUCUACCUGUUAGGCUCUAGGAUGUCUUUUAGUAUUGAGGCUUACUUCUCUAAAUUUGAUCUCUCAAAUUUUAUGGAAUAUGUUCUCAUUUUAGAAUAGGAAAAUCUUUUUAAAUGCUUUAAAAUCACAGGCCCUUUUAUGACCCAAAUUAUGCCAUUCUGAGUUGUUCUCAUACUCAGGCACACAUAUAAUACCUGAAAGCUUGCUAAUCAUGAUGUGUUUAAUAUAAAUAAAGUGAAAUCCUAUAAUAUAUUUAAUUGCGGUUGAAUCAUACACACACUCUCUAAGGUUUGAUUUAAUAAAUGGGUACUUUUUAAAUAUUCAAUGUGUAUUCUUAGAAAAUAAAUUUUAAAAAUCAGAAUUACUAUAAAUCCACUUACCACCAUCUCCAGAACUGCUGAAUUCUACAGAAGUCUGUCCUUCAAAUAAUAAAGUAGUCUGGUCUAUCACAGUUAAAACUUUGUGACUCAAGCAGGCUUUACAAACCCAUAGAUGAAUUACUUGCAUAUAUCUCUGUUAGGAAUUCAAUUUCAUAUAUGCUACAAAAACAAAUAAAUGGGAAAGAAAAUAAAAUUUUAUGAUAGAAACAUUAAAGAAUUAUCAUAGCAAUUUUGAAUAACCUAUAUCGAAAAAAUGUCAACAUGCAUAAAUAAUCACUUCCAUGAAUGUGAUAAACUGAUGAAUAGAAAAAAUACAUAUUGAACCUGAUAAAGAAAGAUUAUUUCUGUUGUUUUGCUACAGAUUUUAUAUACACUGCUUAUGUCAUAAUUUAGUCUUUAGUAUUUGGCUUUACCGAUUUAUUUAAUUGCAUGCCAACUCUUAUGUCCUUUAAUUCAAAUUUAAUGCAUCCACAGAUUAUUUUUGAAGUGAUUAGUCAUAUUUUACUUUCCCUAUUUAGAAAUCUUCAUAGGACCCUUUACAAUUUGAAUGAAUAAUCUCAAAAAAAUAUGAUAUUCAUGUCAAGACUUAUUUAUAACAGCAAAAAAAAAAAAAAA